CUUUUUGUGGUUCUUUAUAUAUAAAUCCCUAAACUUUGGAUCACAAACACAAAGCCUAAAAAGCUACCAUAUUAUACUUGCAUAAAUAGGGCCAGACCUAUUCGAUUCCCCUUGAUACAAAAUACCAAUCACCAUGAGGUUAAGGAGAGGCAUUUUUAUGUUGUGCUUCCUUCUCUUUAGCCUAUACUUCACCUACACCUUUCAGAUCAACGACAACUGUCCGGCGAACGAUCCACUCAAGGGAGAUGAUGGUGAGUUCCGCAAUGAUUUUUCCAACAAAAAGCAGAAAACAAGUGAUAGCGAAUAUUCAACGAACCCAUCUGAAACUGCUGGGAUCAAUUCGUCCAACAAAAGGCAGACAACAAGUGGCCCCGAAUAUUCAACGAUCCCAUCUGAACCUGCUGGUUUCCGCAAUGAUUUUUCCGCAAACAAUCCACUCAAGAGAGGGAGAGAUGGUUUCCGCAAUGAUUUUUCCGCAAACAAUCCACUCAAGAGAGGGAGAGAUGGUUUCCGCAAUGAUUUUUCCAACGCCGUCAACAACAACGACAACAACAAAAGGCAGAGAAUAAGUGAUGGGGAAGUCCCUGCUGGGAUCAAUUCGAGUCCCCCCCCAUCUGCUGUUCUUUUCCCCUUCACAAGUUCGCCGCCAGAUGAUAUAACCGAUCACGAUUUUAGGGACUUGGUCAUUGGUCGGAGUAGCAGAUUGUUGGAACGUCACACAACAAGUGGACCUCUCCGGGAUUUGAGGUCUAUUCUUUGCAAUCGCCUGAGCCAACUGACAAGAAUGGAUUCAACGUUUGAGGCUGGUCUAGAGAUAUCUGAUUCCGCAUAUCUAUUCAAGAUUCUCGAAGGUCACGAUGAUUCAAAUCUUGAGUUCGAGAACAUUACCCAAAAAGCUGCCAGAGGAGCAGCACUGUUGCAGGAAGGAGUGAAGCUGGUGAGAGAAGUGCAAGACCAACUCAAGUAUGCCAUGAAAGAUAUGACCUGCCCUACUGAAUUUCACGUUCAACACGUCCUAAAAUAUGAAGCAAAUAUUAUAAUAUAAAAAUGCUACACAACAUAAAUAGAAUCCAAAUAUUGUAACUUAAAAAUAUAUCAUAAAUGUUAG